GCCACCAGCGCCGCCGCCGAGCCCGAGGGCCCCGGGGCCAGCUGCGCGGCCGCCGCCAAGGCGCCGGUGAAGAAGAACGCGAAGGUGGCCAGCGUGAGCGUGCAGCUGGAGAUGAAGGCGCUGUGGGACGAGUUCAAUCAGCUGGGCACCGAGAUGAUCGUCACCAAGGCCGGCAGGCGCAUGUUCCCCACAUUUCAAGUGAAGCUCUUUGGCAUGGACCCCAUGGCCGACUACAUGCUCCUCAUGGACUUCGUUCCAGUGGACGACAAGCGCUACCGGUAUGCCUUCCACAGCUCCUCCUGGCUAGUAGCCGGGAAAGCGGACCCUGCCACACCAGGCCGUGUACACUACCACCCUGACUCGCCUGCCAAGGGUGCACAGUGGAUGAAGCAAAUUGUGUCCUUCGACAAGCUCAAGCUGACCAACAACCUGCUGGACGACAACGGCCAUAUUAUUCUCAACUCCAUGCACAGAUACCAGCCCCGCUUCCAUGUUGUCUAUGUGGACCCACGCAAAGAUAGUGAGAAAUAUGCUGAGGAGAACUUUAAGACCUUUGUGUUUGAGGAGACUCGCUUCACUGCGGUCACUGCUUACCAGAACCAUCGGAUCACGCAGCUCAAGAUAGCCAGCAACCCUUUCGCCAAAGGCUUUCGAGACUGCGACCCGGAGGACUGGCCCCGAAACCACCGGCCCGGCGCGCUGCCGCUUAUGAGCGCCUUCGCUCGCUCGCGGAACCCGGUGGCCUCCCCCACACAGCCCAACGGGUCAGAGAAAGAGGCGGCCGAGGCUCGGCGAGAAUUCGAGCGCGACGCGGGUGGACCGGCCAUGCUCGGGGACCCGGCGCACCCGCCUCAGCUGCUGGCACGGGUGCUGAGCCCAGCGCUGCCCGGGGCCGGUGGCGCGGGCGGUCUCGUCCCGCUGCCCGGCGCACCCGGAGGCCGGCCCAGCCCUCCGCACCCGGAGCUGCGCCUAGAGGCGCCAGGCGCGUCGGAGCCGCUGCACCACCACCCGUAUAAGUACCCGGCCGCCGCCUACGACCAUUACCUCGGGCCCAAGAGCCGGCCGGCGCCCUACCCGCUGCCGGGCCUGCGCGGCCACGGCUACCACCCGCACACGCACGCGCACCCGCACCACCACCACCCCGCCGUGAGCCCAGCCGCCGCCGCUGCCGCUGCCGCCGCCGCCGCUGCCGCUGCCGCCGCCAACAUGUACUCGUCGGCCGGGGCCGCGCCGCCCGGCUCCUACGACUACUGCCCCAGAUAAUGCGGGCGCCCGCUGGCCGCUCCCCGCCCGGGGUCCCCGCACAGCCCUGAGGGCCGUCGGGGUUCCCGUCCACCCAGCCCCAAGGGCCUUCCAAGAACACGUUCCCCCAAGCCCCGGGGGCCAGUGCGGGUCUCCCCUUCCCCAGCCUCGAAGCCAUCGGGGUCCUCCACCUUCCAGCCCUGACAGCUGUCGAAGUAUAUGGUUCCCCAGUUCCGGGAGCCACCGCGGGUCCCUCCCCAGCCCCGAGGGCCACGGGGUCCGCGCCCGCCAGUGCCAAAGCGCCCGGUCAGCGGCGGAAGGAAGUGAUAUUUAUUGUUCUCCGCGAGACCGUGUCGCCCCCCCCCCCUCCCCGGCCCGGCCGGCAGUUGCAGUGUAGACGAUCCGAGAGCCCGUCUGCAGGCGGUGUAGAUACGUGUAGAUAUUUGUAGAUACUGUAGAUACCGCGCCGGCGCCGACUUGAUAAAGGUUUCGCCUCUUUUGGAA